ACACAGCGCCUCCCUCCUGGGGGAGAGGAGGAGAAGGAGGAGGCCGGUGUGCGGCUCUGCGCUUCCUUGCACGCCCGCCACGCGUCUGGUGCGUUGUUGAGCAGCUGAUGCUGGAGUAGCCAUUUCUGCAAGCGCGGCAUGUUGGGCGCCCCAUGGCUUCCCUGGGGCGGCUGUGCGAGACACGCCGCUUUGCGGUGGUGGCUGAAGCGCUGCAGAAGGCCGAGCUGUGCCGCGGCUGCUGGAGGCCGGCGGGUGCCCGGCGACGAGGCUCCCCCGAGGAGGUGGCGCUCAGAGGAGGGGGCGAAGUGGAUCAAGCCCACGGGCCAUGACACCGGCAUCCAGACCUACAACAGCCUGAACAGAAGCAAAGCGCCGCUCAUAGUGGGCAACGCGGAUGUGGUGACUUGGUACAGCUGUGGCCCAACAGUGUAUGAUCAUGCACACCUUGGGCAUGCUUGCUCUUAUGUUAAGUUUGAUAUUAUUAGAAGGAUAAUAACCAAGAUAUUUGGAAAGGAAGUAGUAAUGGUGAUGGGGAUCACAGACAUAGAUGACAAAAUAAUUAAAAGAGCUAAUGAGAUGAAUAUAUCGCCAAUGGCUCUUGCCCGCUUUUAUGAGGAGGACUUCAAGCGAGACAUGGAGGCAUUAAAGGUUCUACCUCCUACGAUAUAUAUGAGGGUAACUGAAAAUAUUCCUCAGAUAAUUGCUUUUAUACAGCAGCUCAUUACCAGUGGACAGGCUUAUGCAACCUCCAUGGGUAAUGUUUAUUUUGACCUCCAUUCUUGGGGAGACAGAUAUGGAAAACUCAGACAUGUUUAUCUUGAUGCUGAAGAAGAAUUGGCCGUUGACAGCGAUAAGCAUCACGCAAAGGAUUUUGUACUUUGGAAGGCAGCCAGACCUAAAGAAAUGUGCUGGGAUUCUCCCUGGGGAAAAGGAAGACCUGGCUGGCAUAUCGAGUGUUCCACAAUCUCCAGCCUGGUCUUUGGACGACACUUGGAUAUCCAUACUGGUGGAAUAGAUCUUGCAUUUCCCCAUCAUGAAAAUGAGAUCGCUCAGUGUGAAGCUUACCAUCAGUGCCAGCAGUGGGGGAAUUAUUUUCUUCAUUCUGGACAUCUACACGUUAAAGGGAGUGUGAAAAUGUCAAAAUCACUAAAAAACUACAUUACAAUUAAGGAUUUCCUAAAGAAGUUUUCACCUGAUCAGUUUAGAAUGUUUUGCUUGCGAAGUGGGUACAAAUCAGCUACAGAAUAUAGUGAUGAAAGUAUGAAUGAAGCAAAGAACAUCCUUCAUACCAUUUCUUCUUUUAUGAGCAGUGCAGCUUCCUACAUGAAAGGGCAACUCGCCUGCGAAGCCAUUAGGGAUGAUAUAUUGUGGGAAAGGCUGUCCCAUACUAAAGCAAUGGUAAAAGCUUCCUGUGCUGAUGACUUUGACACCCCCGAGGCUGUUGGUGCAAUUAUGGACCUCAUUCACCAUGGCAACAGACAGCUUAAGGCCGUCACUAAGGAAGCUGGGUCUCCUAGAAGUGCUGUGGUGUUUGGAGCUAUUAUCGUCUAUAUACAGGAAUUUCUGAACACAGUGGGAAUCAGCCUUGAUGACAGACAGGUUGCUCUCGAACGCAAGCACUCAGCCAUGCUCACCAGUGUGAUUGAUGAGCUAGUGAGCUUCCGGGGCCAAGUGCGUGAUUUUGCUCUUGCUGCACCUGAAACCACAAGCGUGCCUGCUGAAGGCGCCAUCCUGUCCAAAGAAGCAAAACAGCAACAGAAGGAGAAAAGGCACCAGCUAUUACAGGAGAGAGAACCUCUUCUGCAAGCAUGUGACCGCCUGCGCCAAGACCUAGCUGUAUAUGGUAUCAACAUAAAGGACAGAAGUAUAACUUCCACGUGGGAACUUGAAGAGCCCAUUAAAGAACAGGAGAAGAGCUGAUGCAGAUGCGGAGUACAACUGGACUGAUAAAUACUGUGGAGAUAGCGAGAGGUUAAAAAUAUCUAUGCCUUGAAUUGCUAUACUUCCAUAUCAAGGUGGUCUCAAUGUUUCUCGCGUUCUACACCUUAAAUUUAGAAACUGUAUGCCUUUGUCCCUUCUCUGAAAAGACUGGUACUUUUUAGAGUAUGCUACAGAUCCAUUACCCAUGGUUGUAGGCCUUUCUGUUUUUGAAGACUUUCAGACCUCUUCUCAUCACUAUCAGUGUUGGAGCUAAGCUGCUUCGUCAGGGAUCUCUUGAAAAAGAAACCUCUCUGGGGAAGUUACCAUCACCAGGUCUAGAAAGGCCAGUGGUAAGUUGCUUGUGUUCAUAAGUCCCAUAAAAGAAACUUUGGUAAAACUUAGAGCCAUGAUUUACUUUAAUAUGACCAGAACCCCUCAGAGGUUGAUAGCAAGGCAAUCCUAGCCUUCUAUGUGCAAAGACAUAUUGUGUAUUCAUGGGUUUUAUUACAAAUAUUCCAUAACUCUUUUCUCAAAUAUUCCAAACAUACAGCAAAAAGAGUUCCAAUCAAGCUGGAAGACUAUUUAAAAGAAGCAAUAAACCAGUGUGGGAGAACACCUAUAAUCACCAGAUAGAGAACUUGAAAUCUUAUCUGCAAAUCAAAUAAUUCACGUUUUAUUCUUCUUCAGAGUAUAAUUGGGAGUUGAAAGGAUCCCCAACACAUAGCUCAGAACUUUAAACAGCAGGGUUUCUGGAUUUUGUUUUUUUUUUAACUGAUGGACUCUAUCUUCAAGAUCCAGACAACACCUGAUGUUAAAGUCUUUUUCCUCCCUUCAACUACAAAGGUUGUGUGAAUGCCCAGCAAACUGUUGUACUCACAGGUGGUAGAGGAGAGUCUGUGGCCAAAGAUCUGGAAUUUGGACACCUUUCACUGGCAGUGGAAGGAGAAAUGCACUCUUCCCACUACAAAACAUUCAGCGUGAAUUCCUGCACAAGCUGCUCAGAUGAAAAGUGCCAACAGUGGACUGGGAAAGUUCAGGGUAUUUGUAAAGAUGUGAAGCUGAAAAUGUUUUAGAUGUGUUCUAUUGUGAUAACAGACAAAAUUCAACACAGAUGGUCUUUGUAUGAGAGUCCUGCUUGCAAACUUGCAGACUGUUGUUAACGGGCCUGUAUCGCUUAACCUAUAUAUCAUUAAAUAGCUGGCACUGUU